GCGUGCUUUUGAACGCAGGUUUUUAGUCAGGGCUAGACAGAACAAGCAAAACCUUGGGAAGAUUCAGGAAGACCCGACCGGAAAUCAUGGUAUCCAUAGAGACGCUAUCGGAAGUUGGGGUUGCUAGGAGGCCUGAGCGCGUCGGCCAAUGUGCGUCAUGGCUGAAGUCCCAGAAUAUUACGAUUCAGGCUCGGAUGAAGGAGACCUGGAGUAUGAGGACCUCAAACUGCCUAGGUCACUUAAAAUGGCUCAAGAUGGCGAAGUUGACACCACGGCAGAAGUAGGCCUGGAGCUACAGAUUGACCAGGAGCCACAACCAGAGGCGGAGGAAGAGGACCUCAAAUUGGGGGCGCCAGAGAAUGUAUACCUACACCUAAAACCGACCAGCAUGUCUGAGGAAGAGAUUCCCAGGGAGUCAGAGAUAGACCUUUCUAGCAAGACUGAACCAGGGAUGUCCCGGGAGGCACAGUCAGAAACACUCAGAGAGAUGGAAGAGCUCUUCCAGGAUUUGGAUGUCCUUAUGCAUGAUAAGGAAGAACCAGGCUUAGAGUCACCAGAGGAGGCCAAACUAGAUCUUAGAGAGGAUGUACUCAUAGAGUUGGCUGAGGAAACAGAUCUGGAGCUACCAAAGGAGACCAAAGGGGCCUCAAUUAGUGAGACUAAUUUAGAGUUACCAGAAGAGACCAAAUUGGAAGUUCUGGAGGGUUCACUUAGACCACAAUAUGAAGAAACAGGUCUAGAAACUUCAGAGCAGAGCAAACCUGAAUUUCCGAGUGAGAAACCAAGAAAAUCAAUUGAAGAGGCAGAUCUACAACUGCCAGAAGUGACCACACCAGAGAUUCCAAAGGAAGCACAGAGAGAGUCACCUAGGGAGCAAAGGACCGAACCAUCUGAGCAGGCGAAACCAGAGUUGCCAGGAGGGAAACCAAGAGAAACUGAAGAGUCAGGUCUGGAGCCCACAGAAGAGACUAAAACCGAGGCUCCACAGGAAAUACAAAGAAAAGCAACUGAGGAGAAAGAGACAGACCCACCUCAACAGACUAAAGCAGAGUUUCCAAAGGAGAAACCAAGAAAUUCUACUGAGGAGGCAGGUCCACAGCCCCCAGAAGAGACUAAAUCAGAGAUUCCAGAGGAGGACGGAAGAAAAUCAACUGAGGAGAAACAGACAGAACCACCUCAGCAAACUAAAUCAAAGUUUCUAGACCAGAAACCAACUAAGUCUAGUGAAGAGACACAAAGGAAAUCAACUGAGGAGAAAGUUCUAGAGCCACUAGAAGUGACCAAAUCAGAAUUUCCUGAGGAAAAAUCAAGAAAAUCAAUCAAGGAAACAGGUCUAGAGCCAUCGGGAAAGACAAAACCAGAAGUUCAAGAAGAGAUACUGAGAGAAUCAACUGUGAAGAAAGUUUUAGAACCACUAGAGGACACUAAAUCAUCAGGUCAAAAUGAUAAGCAGAGAAAAUCUACUGAGGAGAUAGGACUAGCACCACCACAGAAGAUCAAAUCAGAGGAGACAGUAAGAGAGUCAACAGAGAAGAAAGGUCUAGAGCCACCAGAACAGACUAAACCAAAGUUUCCAAAGGAAGAACCAAGAAAAUCAACUGAGGAAACAGGUCAAGUGCUGCCACAGAAGACCAAACCAGAGGUUCAAGAGAAGACACAAACAGAGGAAGCUACAGAGAAAGAUCUAGAGUUACCUGAUAAAGCCAAACUACCACUAAGAAAAGAGACACAUGUAGAAUUUUCCAAGGAAGAUUGGCCAGAACUAGUUAAAUUUAAGCAGUCUGUAGACAAGGAUCAGCUAGAGUACUCUGACUAUCAAACAAGAACGUGGUCGGUAAAAGAAACCAAGAAAGCUAAAAGAGACUCUAUGUUUGGGUCUCCCACAAUAAGUGAAAUAGACUCAAUAAGUACAAGUUAUGAGUUCUCCAAAGAACAUAAUGGACUGUUUGAGAUUACUGAUACCAGUAGUGACUUCUAUGCAUAUGUCUCAGAUUAUCAGAGGGAUUUGGGGGAGCCUUUUGGUGAAAUAGUUGAAGAUUUGUCCCCAGAGUUGAAGGAACUGGCACACAAAGAUGAAGAAACCUCGCCAAAAGAAAGUAUAGAGCUACAAUUUGAGUAUCUUAAAUGGAGCCCAGAGAAAGUUGCAGAGUGGAUUAGCAAGCUAGGCUUUCCUCAGUACAAGGAGUGUUUUACCACAAACUUCAUCAGUGGCCGAAAACUCAUUCAUGUAAACUGCUCAAACCUCCCUCAGAUGGGGAUAACAGAUUUUGAGGACAUGAAGGUAAUUUCUCGGCAUACACGGGAGCUACUGGGAAUUGAAGAGCCAUUAUUCAGACGCACCAUCACCCUUCCCUACAGGGACAAUAUAGGCUUAUUUUUAGAGCAAAAAGGUCAUACUGGGGUAAAAUCUGAUUCCUUGACCUUAUCUGAAUUUGUGCAAGCAGCAGGAUUACAGGACUAUGCUCCAAAAGUAACUGCCCCUGAAAAGAAUGAAGCAUUGUAUUACACUGAACCGUAGGGAAGAGCCAUUUCACUUACCUGAAAGAUCAAACUAAACUACUUGGGGGAAGAAGUAUGGUCUUUUGGGUUCUCUUUUUAUCUUCUUCAUUAAGGAUCAGAGUUAGAACUCCUGGCUCCACCCCUAGUUCUGUCAGCACCUCGCAGCACCUUCCUUUUAUUUGGGUUUCAAUUUAGCUCCGUGUUUAAACAAAGAUCAAUAUUUCUCUUUCUGGGUAAUUAUAAGGAUUCCUGAUAAAUUUCAGUAAUGUAUCUGGUAUAGGAACAUGUUAGGGAAAUGGAAUUAAAAGUAAAAUCUCCUGCCAACCUAAUCUUCUCGACAAAUGCAGAAAAAGAAACAGUUGUAUUAUUGAAUCAGCAUUAAAUCAGUCAGUGAUGUAUAUCACAAGCAAGCUGCUAAAGAAGACUGCAAAGUCGAGAUCUCACCCUUUUAUAUAGCCAGCCAGACAGAAUCCAUUACUUACAUGUUAAUUGUCUGUAUCCAAAAGAAAAAGAAAACUUCUCAUAUCUUUAUGACAAACAUGAAGUUACUAUUGGAGCCAGGCACUUAGGCCCAAGAGAUAAGGUGCCAUCCUCCUUAAUGCUCACAUUUCAAAGAGAUGGCCCCAAAGCCCCCCAGACAGUCUUGGGAUGUAAAACUGGUAGGUGACUUACUCAACUUUUUAGAGGAUUUAUGUACAUGUCAAAAACAGAAAAAUGAUUUAAAUUACAUGUUUUGUAAAGGAAAUGUUGUAAGGAAAGUGAGGAGGGGAGUUCUUUCAUUUUUUGCAUCAGAGAAAAAAAUUUUAAAAUUUUUUAAAAUUUAUAUUUAUCCUUACAACAUGGCUUAUAGGAGUACCACUGGACUAUGGAAUACGGACUGGAGUUUGUUUACCAGGCUCUUUUAUGUGGUACUUUCCAGACCUUUAUAAAAUAAAAUUCAGGGUGUGCCUGGCUGGCUCAGUCAGUAGAGAAUGCAACUCUUGAUCUCAGGGUUAUGAGUUUGAGCCCCACAUUGGGGGUAAGGUUUACAGAAAGGAAGGAAAGGAAAGGGAAGGA